AUGUACGUGUCACUAUCUUAUACCGCUUGCUCUUGUGCCUCCAAAAAGGAUGAGGGCGUGCUAAGCUCUAUCGAAAUUGGAGAAGUUGGAGAGCUACAGUUGCCUGCGAAAGCAAACGAAAGCUAUGAGAUUUCAAGGUUCUUUCCCGUCAUCAGACGCCAGCACAAAGGCUCUCAAUCUCCAUGUGUACUGCUCACUGCAGGCAAAGUCAAACUGUGGAUUCGCGUUGAGAAACCUGCUGCCGCUUGUACUGUUGUGCAACCAGAAAUUCCUAAACGACCACCAUUCGCGCUACCAACGAACUUUGGAGAAGCACUCCAGCUGAAGCGUAAGCAACUAAAAGCUACCGUUGUACCGGAAGGCAGUGCACAAAAAAUGAGCAAGCACCAAGCGUCCCAGGCUGACGCUGUCAUCGCAAUAGAGCUGAUGAAGGAGAUCGCAGUGGAGACAGCACCUGACCAGAUUGGUGAAAACGAUCUGAAAGUAGAAGGGCGGGUCGGAGAAGGCAUUCACUCUUGUGUUCGUCUCGGGGCCUUACGUCGGAGCAACACUGACAGCACUCGGCCGGUGGCGGUAAAGGAGUUCCGGCACCAGCAUGCAGUUCCCCCUGUCAGCGUACUCCGCGCUUUUAUUCUUGAAUACCGGAUUCUAGCGAGGUGCCGCGUCGAGGGCGGCCACCAACACAUUGUGGAGCUGCUCGGUGUAACGGUGGCGCCUCGCUUGAUCAUCCUGAUGGAAUAUUUUGACCGCGGCAGUCUGGCUCAGUGUUUGCAGGAUGAGGCUGCAUGGGGACGACUGCCGAUCAAGCAGGUAUCUUUGGUUGGAUUGAAAAUUGCGCGUGGCAUCGCAUGGCUGCACAAGCACGACAUGAUUCACCGCGACAUCAAAAGUCACAAUAUCAUCAUCAGCGGCGAUCUUACGAGGCCAAGCCCAUCAGUGAAGAUCGGCGACUUGGGUAGUGCCAUAGUGCGGCAACAGCAAGAGCCACUGUUGGUGGAAGAGGUCGGAUCUUCAGGUUACACUGCUCCCGAGAUAUUUACCCGCCACGGAUACGACAGCAAAGUCGAUGUCUGGAGCUUCGGGAUUGUUCUGUGGGAGCUAGCUUCAUGUUGUGUGCAGGAUCGUCUUAACCCGUUCAUGGGAAUGGCAGGCGACGAGUUUGUCACUAAAGCUCAAGGCGGAUGCCGUCCCAAACUCGCCCAUGCGCACCAAGUCUGGUUCGGGCCAAUUGUCAAGAAAUGCUGGCGAUUCGAUCCAUCCCAAAGACCGGAUAUGGACGAAGUGGUCAAGCAGCUAGAGAAACUCAUCGGCGAGCUCUGA